AUGGCGCCUCAACCCGAGCAUACCAUCGACCGCACGCCCGAGUACGAAGAAUUCAUCGCCAAGUUGACCGCCUACCAUGAGAAGCGUGGUACGAUGUUUGAUCCUGAGCCGAAGGUAGGCCAUACGCACGUCGAUCUUCUCAAGCUCUUCAAGGUCGUCAACGAGCAUGGAGGCUACGAUAUGGUCAGCGACGAGAAGCUGGCCUGGCGCAACAUGGUCAACUUGCUUGGACUGUAUUCGAACAACGAGGCCUCUGCGGCAUAUACCUUGAAAUCAAUCUUUUACAAGAACCUUGCCGCAUACGAAAUCACGACCAUACACAACAAAGAACCGCCCCCGCCAGAGAUUCUCGAGCAUGUCUCUGCCAAGGGCGGCAGCCUCCUCACCCGCACUUUGGAAAAUUAUGGCCAUAGACUCGGGCGGCCUGGAGGAUCACUGGGCGCAGAUCCAUCUGACCGAUCUGGCGACGAUGGCACGCCAGUGAGGGAACGAAGACCCGACGAGACUCCCACGUCAGGACGGGCCUCGCGCGGCCUUCGAGAAGCUCCUCCGCAGCGGGUGAUAUUCCAGCCGGAUACAGGACCCUCGCGGCAGACUCGACACAGCUCCGCUCAACAUGCGCAUGCGAACACUGGGACGCCGGCCGGCAUGCAUCAACCUCAUGCGCAGUCUCAACACGCACAUACGCCGGGUCAAGCCCACCCUCAGUCAAUGCAAACACAGCAGCAGAUGCAUCAGCGUGGGUCGUCCUACAUGUGGAACCCUCCUGGAUCCGAUAAUUAUUCCGCGACGGUUCAGGGCUACGAACCUCGCGGUCCCAUUGCGAUCCCGCUACGUCCUGUAGAUACCCCUGGAAACAAUCCCGUCGAAUUCGCCCGCCGGCAGCGUCUCUUGAGGCUACAGGCCGCCGGUCAUGGAGCUCCGCAGGGUGUUAACAAAGCCCCGCCUCCUCCAGGAAUCCCCGGCUACGAAGGUCCCAACAUUUACGUUCGCUGUCUGGGAUCUCUCCGAUCCGGAAUUCCAGCCGAGGAAGCUUUCGCUUUGAACCAUCUUGUCAAGAUAUCAUACGAAAGAGGGGACAAGUACAAGUUUGACUCGUUUCCUGGCCUUGCCGAAGGCCUUACCGAGAAGGUCCUGCAAGUCGGCAGUCUGUUUUACGAUGUCGAAUGGACUAUUUCGUAUGAUCCUGAUUCAGAAGGUCUGGACGUCGGGGAGCUCGAAGGGGUCAAUGGAACUGCCGAUAUCCUUGAUCGUAUUGGACGGCUCAGACCGAAACCAGCCCAGGACAGCAUACAGUCGGAAAGCCUGAGCGACCAGCUUAUACUCAUCACCGAAGCUGCACUCACCAUCAGGAACAUGGUCACACUACCGGAGAAUGCGUACUGCAUGGCCGAGUACCCACCGCUCAGGGACUUGAUAUGCAUUGUUCUGCACCUACCAAACAACGAGUCCGUUGUCGAACUAAAGCACUGCGCACUCGAUAUCGCAGAGCAACUGACACCUUACCUUGUCCUCGACGCCGAGGACCCGCUCUACCGAACCUUGCUGUCCCAGCUGGACUCGACAGAUAGGGGAACCAUCCUCACGGCUUUACGUGCGAUUGGUCGGAUUUCGAUUUACACCAACGAGCCAAACAAGCUUGGCAACGUGCCCCCCGAAGCGCUUCAAAACGUCAUGAAUUGGCUUCUCCUCAAUGAUGACGAGCUGAUCGACGCUUGUCUUGAUUUCCUGUACCAGUACACUGCCGUCGUCACGAAUGUUGAAACGCUCCUCAAGGCCGUGAUCCCGGAGAAUCUCGUCGCACACCUAGUGCGCUUGCUAUCGCAUGGUGCAAAGAGGGUGCACAAGGAACAGAUUCUCGAGCACGAGAAGAAGCUUCCUCCAACCGAGGAAGUCGUCCCCGUUCCCCACGAUCUCUUGGGCCGCCUUGUCGCUUUGGAUGAGCCGGAGCGAUGCUACACCUGGCUCCGGUGUUUCUUUGAAGAAGACCCGGACGCAUCCAUCACACAGAUAGCAAUCUGGCAAGCAUACCAGUCCGCGUUCCUUCAAGCCGUCCAGCAGAGCAAUAGAUCGAUGCUGGGGGCAGCAGAAUUCAUCCGCAACGUCACACACGUGUAUCAUUCCGCGGGCGCUCAGAUCCAGCGGGAGCAGACCGAACGUGGCGAGGUCCAGAAAUUCAUCAUCAAGGGGAUUCGGGCCCGUCUCCGUCCUGUCAGCCCGGAGGGUCGCGAGUACCUUCGAUGCCAAUGGAAGAUCACGCAGCCGGGGGCUCCUCCCAACCGCCGGUGCGGCUACCUGGUCGCUAACGCGGAAACCAUGUACGAGCACAUCAUCACGCGCCACCUGGGAGAGACGCGCGGUGAGGACGGCAAGUACCCCAACAAGGAGCAAGAGUACAGCUGCAGGUGGGCCGAGUGCCGCAAGUACUCGAAGCGCACGCACAUGCACCUUGCAGACCUGAUGUCGCACAUCAAGGGGCACAUCGUGGCCGCGCAGCAGAAGGCCAGCAGCUCCAGCAGCGCCGCGGCCAACGGCGGGGGGGACGCCACGCCCGGCGCCACGAGCAGCAGCUCCCACAAGCGGCAGCGCCGCUCCUACGUCGUGCCGGCCAAGACGAUGACGCUGACGUACGAGGAGACGCUGACGACGCGCGACGAGCGGAACCCCAACGCGGCGCCGCAGGCGGCGGGCAUACCGCUGAGCGCGGUCCUCGUCCUGCGCAACAUCGCGCGCAACGUGGUCAAGACCGAGUCGGAGGAGGAGCUGCUCAAGAAGCACGAGAUGGGCGGCGAGGGCGGCGGCUGGAACGAGCGGCUGUUCCGGCCGCUGCUGCCGCGGCUGUACGAGAUCAUGACGGAGAACAAGGCCUUUGGGUCGUACAUCGCGUCGCUGUUCCAGCUGAUCAGGGACGACUAG